AUGUCCAUGGCAGUGGAACGAACAAGAGAACUCAAGGAGGAAGACAAGCACCAAGUCGUGAAGAUGCUCCAGAGUCUCCUCAGUGGCAACAAGUUGGCGCAUGGUGCUUACCAGAAGGCGGCAACCCGGUUUGGCCUUCACCGGGCAACGAUUUCGAAGGUGUGGAAGCAGUUCAACAAGAACGACAUGGGCUCAAAGAAGAAAGGACGUGUUAGCCGCAGGGCAAAGUACACAGAAGAAGAGCUCAAGGUAAGAAUCGCGAGUGUACCCCAGUCAAGACGCUCGACCAUCCGUGAUCUUUCGCUGGCAACUGGCCUCUCACAUGGAAUGAUUUGUCGCACUCUCCGGUCCGGCGUCCUCAAGCGCAAGUCGUCAAGGAUCAAGCCUCAACUAACCACGAAAAGCCAAGGAGACCGGAUUCAGUUUUGCCGCGCGACCACCGACUUGGAAGACACCACCGACUUGGACGACACAGUUUUCGACGGCAUGUGGGACGUCGUGCAUCUAGACGAGAAGUAA